AAGCGCAGGUCACGUGAGCAACGGCCUCCUUCCUGCACGACGAAAGGAGCGCGCCUUCGAAUUGCCGACGCUCCCGGGUGCUUACUGUUUUCUUCGGUCCGGUCGUUACGCGGAGUGCUGCGAGAAGGAAGACCGUAGCCGUCAAUCGCCGGCCGGCGGUCUGCUGCGUCGUCCCGUCGUUCGCAAGCUUUAGCCACUUAACAGCCGAGCAGGAAGGAAGGAGAAGGUUCGACUGUGUGGUUCGAGCGAGCGCACCCGCUCGGCGAUGGACGGAGCGCGGCCAAGCGCUUAGCGGAAGUACAAGACGACAGGCGCCUGCUUGUCGUCGCUUGACUGCGACGAUGAUGGACGCCUUCAGCCCCAACUUGACGGAGGACUCGUAUAAAAUGAGCGAGGAUGACAUCAGGCGGUUAAUCAAGUUCAGAGCCUCCAACGAACUUCUCUUCACCGGAAAGAGAAACUCUGCCAAGAUAGCUUGGAGCGUCAUCUUGAGGGCUUUGGACCUGCAAGGGAAGUUGACAGCUGAGCAGAUCGCCAAAAAGUGGGACAACCUGCGCUCCAAAUACAAGGACCUGAAGCAGCCCGACCAAUCGGCGGAUGGGGAGCAGCCGGGCGGCGGCGCCGAGUCGUGGCCGUGGUUCCGCAUGAUGGACGACGCCAUGCGCGGUCGCCUGUACAACAGCCGCAUGGCGCUGGGCCUGCCCGGCGACGGUCGGCGGCGGGACGACGACAACGACGUCCUGGAGUUCCUCAUCAAGACCGAGAUGGACGACUCGGCUGCCGCAGAGAGCGCGGACGGCGGCGAGUCUGCCGAGGGUCUUCCCGUGGGCUGGAGGAGGAUGAGCGAGUGCUCCUACAAAAUGUCAGAAGAGGAGACAGAACGUCUCAUCAAAAUUCGCGCCGCCAACGAGGCCAUCUUCACCGGCAAGAAAAACUCCGCCAAGCUGGCGUGGAGGGCCGUGCUCCACGAGCUGGGCCUUCAGGGCAAGCUGAGCACCGAGCAGCUGGCCAAGAAGUGGGACAACCUGAAGAGGCGCUACAAGGAGCUGAAGUUCCCCUCGCGCGGCGUGGAGUCCAACCCGAGCUCGUGGCCGUGGUUCCAGAGCAUGGACGACGCCAUGGAGGGGCGUCUGGCGGGUGCCGCGCCCGCUUUGGCGCCCGUCUUCGUCGCCGAGGACGAAGACUGCGAGAUGCUGCUGUCGCCGGCGCCGAGGAAGCGAGCCCGCAGGAGUCGCACCGGGAUGGCCGAGUUCCUCAGCGAGUCGGAGUUGGACAUGCUGAUCUGCGGCCACGACAAAAGCGCUUCCUUGGCUUUGGGCGACCUCCGGCGCAGCGUGGCCGACCUCGGCUACAGACUGACGGAUGAGGACAUCCGAAAACUGGUGGAGCUGCGAGCCGCCAACGAAGCCCUCUUCACAGGACGCAGGAACAGCGCCAAGCCCGCCUGGAGGGCCAUCGUGAAGGAGAUGGGUCUGACGGGAAAGAUCACACCCGAUCAGGUGGCCAAGAAGUGGGACAACCUCAAGACCAAGUUCAAGGACCUGAAGUUCCCCCCUCAGGGGGCGGAGCCCCAAGGCGGAGCGGCGUCCUGGCCGUGGUUCCAGCUGAUGAGCGACGCCCUGGAGGGUCGGCUCGCGGGCAAGGGGGUCCAGGUGGCGCCGGUCUGGAGCGGCGAGGACGACGCCGUCUCGGGUUCGCCCCCCUCGGCCGACGCCCCGGAGGCGGCCAUCUACGAGAUGGACGACGCCCGAGCGGUCGCCGACCUCUGCCGCUCCGAUGACAGCAUCACCUACAUCGACGCCAGCGGAGAGGAAUGCGCUGCCCCUCCCGAGCUCGCCUACAAAAUGAGUGAGCAGGACACUCGGCGCUUGAUCACGCUGAGAGCCGCCAACGAGGAUCUCUUCACCGGCAGGAGGAACGCCGCCAAGGCCGCUUGGAAGGCCAUCAUCCAGCAGCUGGACCUCCAAGGGAAGGUGUCCACCUACCAGGUGGCCAAAAAGUGGGACAAUCUCAAACGCAGGUUUAAGGACCUGAAGUACCCCCCCACGGGUAUGGACAACAUGGCGGAGGGCGCCGCUUCCUGGCCGUGGUUCCACCUGAUGAACGACGCCAUGGAGGGUCGCCUGGUGUGCGACGGCGCCCCCCUCCCGGUCCCCGUCGGCGGGCCCGAGCCGCCGGUGGGGGGCGGUGAGGACCGGGCUGUCCUGGAGCAGCAGCGAGCGGCCUUGGAGCAGGAGCGGAUGGCACUGGACCAAGAGCGGGCGUCGGCAAGAGCGGAGCGCGAGUGGCUGGAGAGGGAACGGGUGGCGCUGGAGCGGGAUCGCGCCCUGCUGGAGCUGGAGAGGGCGGCGCUGGGCCGGGAAAGGGAACUUCUGGACCAGAGGUCCGUCAUGCUCUCCGCGGACACGCACUCCGGACAUAUCGGGGCCAUCAUGUAGACUGUGAACGUCUUUGACCACGUUUGCUCGACUGGGAAGCGCUCGCUACGUUCGUCACACGGUUCUUCAACAUCUUUGUCAGGCACCCGAGUGUUUUUUUUAUUUUGGCGACCUGACGCGGCGGCGUCCCACACGUGUUGCCUUAAAAGACAAUUGACACCAGACAACACUUUGUAUUUAUGUCAUUUCGAAUGGAGGCGGGGCUUUACGUUGUGCCUCCUGAAUAUUGACUUUUACUUUUAUGUUAAAGAGUAAAAAUGUUAUCAGAAUCUGCUGUUCUUCUUGUGAUGACAUUUGUGACAUUUUUACUUUAGCAGGUUUUUACUUUUGCCUAUUAAUCAUUUAAGAACUAAUUUAACUUG